CUGGAACUAAGGUAGUCUAGUGCGCUGGCUAGAUUUCCGAACGAGAGGAUUUGAGAGGUGUUCCAAAACGUUACCAAUAUCCGUUUUGGUUUCCCUGGAUUAUCGCUGGAAAGCAAGUAUCCACUCUUUGAUUAAAACCAAAUUAAACCCAUAAUUCAGCCACAUGUCAGAAUCCGGCCACAGCCAACCUGGCAUGUAUGGACAGGGAAGGAGGAGGCGGCGCCGCCGAGACAGGGACAUGGGUCCUCCAGGGCAGAACCUCUCUGGUCCCAGUCGCGAUCGAGAGUAUGUCCCCAGGGAACGCCGGGACGUCAGCGAGGAUCCAAUUGGGCCACUCCUUCAGAAAACGCCCAUCAUACUGGUUAAACCACCUGGUGAACGGUCCAAACAUUCCCAGAGCGUACCUGUCAGUGGGGUACCAGCCCUGGAGAAACCCAUCAUGCUCAUCAAGACCAGGGAGGACGGAGGUAAACCAGGGACCCCUCCUGAGGUGGCGUCUCCAACAUCUGGCCCGGGGGCCUCUAAGCUGGAGAGGGAGGGCCAACGCCCUACACAACCUGUCUACCAGAUCCAGAACCGAGGCAUGGGAGCAGCUACCUCAAGUGGUGCUGUGGACCCUGUGAUUGGCCAGACCAAGCUCCUGCCCCCUGAGAAGAUGAAACACAGUAUCAAGCUGGUGGAUGACCAGAUGAAUUGGUGUGACAGUGCCAUGGAGUACCUCAGGGACCAGACAGACAUGUUGGUGGUGGGAGUCGUUGGUCUGCAGGGAACUGGGAAAUCCACCAUCAUGUCUCUCCUGUCUGCCAACACACCUGAAGAAGACCAGAGGGGCUAUGUAUUCAGGGCUCAGACUCAAGAAAUCAAGGAAAGAGGAGGGAACCAAAGCACUGGUAUUGACUUCUACAUCACCCAGGAAAGAGUGAUCUUCUUGGACACACAGCCCAUUCUCAGCCCCUCCAUUUUGGAUCACCUCAUCAACAACGACCGCAAACUUCCUCCAGAGUACAACCUCCCCCACACUUACGUGGAGAUGCAGUCUCUUCAGAUCACUGCCUUCCUGUUCACAGUGUGUCACGUGGUCAUUGUGAUUCAAGACUGGUUCACUGACGUCAACCUGUACAGAUUCCUCCAGACUGCAGAGAUGCUGAAACCCUCCACGCCCUCAGCUAGCCAUGACAGCACCAGCUCUUCGGGCGGCGAUGAGGGAUCAGAGUACUACCCACACAUAGUGUUCCUGCAGAACAAAGCUAGUAGGGAUGAGUUCUGUCCUAGAAACCUGAAGAAGAUGCACAUGGCAGUGGACAAGCUGAUGGCCCACUCCCAUCUAAAAUACAAAGGCAUUUUGUCCAUGCUGGACUGUAAUAUUUUUCCUGGAUUGUGCCGGGACUUCCUGGAAACGGAGGUCAAUAUGUUCCUGUUGCCCUUAAUGGAGAAUGAGGGAGAAGACUCUCUAACCAAAGCAGGGUCCGGUGCCACCCCUCUCUUCUCCCUUCUCCCAGGGUACAGAGGACACCCUAGCUUCUCCUCUCAGGUCUCCAAGCUCCGCUGCCAAAUACUGGCCAUGUCUCGCUGUCAGCUGUCACACACCAUCCUGACUGAGAAGAACUGGUUUCACUAUGCGGCUCGUAUCUGGGAUGGGGUUAAGAAGUCCACAGCCCUGUCUGAAUACAGCCGCCUACAGUCUUAGCAGCACUGUCAACGUGUUGUGGUUAAUACACUGGAGGAAAUGGACUUCCCUUUCCUACAAGAGGAGAGGGCUUGGUCUGGACAUGGACAGUCCCAGUAAUAGUUGGGCUCAGAGGUUCAGUGUUUGGCGAUCUGAGGCCCUUGUUGUUCAGGUGAGGUACCUACCGAUUGGGAACCUAUGGAGCUAAAGCGGGUUGUGCAGUUCAACUUCGGUGGCAUUCGCUUUGAAACAAAGGAGCAUAAGGGACAGCUGGUCACAUUGAUACCUCAGUGACGGGGGAAAAGAGACUUGCAUUCGGCCAAGAUGCAAAUGAUCCAACUGAUAUUUCAAGGUGUAAAUACUGCUGGGUUUAAUUAUUUUCAACAUGUGAUUUUCAAAAGUAAUUGUCAUCUGUUCAUCUGAUUGUAAGUCUAUGUUAAAAUGGAGUUGAGAUUCUGCAUGGACACCUAUUCAUUUCAGUUAUUAACUGGACCAAAAGAGUUACAAGAAUAACCACAACUGUACCAUAUCAGAUCAAUAUUAGGCGAGCCAUAGAAACUAUGAUUAUUUUCCAAUGCAGAAGCAGAAAGUGUGUGUUUGUGUGUGUGUGUGUGUGUGUGUGUGUGUGAGAGAUGUUUAGAUGGUGACACAAUACUUCAAAACAGAAUAAUUAAUAACAUUAAGUAAUAAAUAAUAUACAGUGGAUUGCGUAAGUAUUCUAACCCCCUUUGGACUUUAAAUUAUUUUUUGCAUUAAAAUGUGAUUGAAAUUA